AUUAAAUCGCAGCGAAGUUUGGCUUUCUGCCCCCUCAGUGGCAGUGCUAGUCUUUGGGCCAUCGUCAUGCUUGUGUUAUAUUGGAUAUCGCUAGUCUUGGCCAGUCUCUACGGCGGCAAUAGUGCGAGUAACUCUACGAACAUCGACUUUUCGCAGUACGCGGUCGUGCAGUAUGCAACCAGCCAGCCGGACCUAUGCAGCGCAGUCAUGCAGUUUGAGUCUCAUGAUCGUCUGGGCAGCCAAGCCGAUAGAGUGUUUCUGUAUCCUUCGCACUGGGACCCAGCGAGCGAUUCUACGGAGGGCAGACUGCUGCUCAAAGCACAAACUGAGUAUCAUGUCAAGCUUCUACCCAUCGAAGUUCAGAUCCCAUCGAAUGGCCGGACAGAGAGCCACACCAAGCUUUUGAUGUUUAACAUGACACAGUACGACCGCAUCUUAUUUCUGGAUGCGGCUGGUCCGCAGAAUCUUGAUGAACUUUACUCGCUCCUUGAAAGCCCGAUCGCAAUGCCCCGCGCCUACUGGCUGGACUCCGAAUACCGCCAGCUCACCCCAUCCUUCAUGCUCGUGCAACCUUCGGAGAUAGAAUUCAAUCGCGUGUGGAAGGCAAUCCAGCAGGAUGACAAUGCCGAAUCCGACACAAAUGUCCUGAAUAACCUCUACCGUGACUCCGCGAUUGUCAUCCCGCACCGUCCGUACCACCUGCUGACCGGGGAGUUUCGAGCCAAAAACCACGCGAGUUAUCUGGGCAGUCCCCACGCGACCUGGGAUCCCGAUGUGAUCCUGCAGGACGCGAAGUAUCUGCAUUUCUCCGACGGGCCCGUGUCGAAGCCCUGGAUCAAGACCCCGGCGGCGGUGAUGGAAAAGGAACAACCGGAUUGUGAUGUUAAUACUGUGACGGGCGCGCUGGAUUGCCGGGCUCGUGACCUCUGGUUGGGAUUCUAUAAGGAUUUUGCGGAUAGACAAGAGGUAUGA